AAGGUAUCUGCUUCACGGCAAAGUAAAACACAAUCCCUAAAUCCCUAAUCAGAAGCGCGCGAGAGGGUAAAAUUGUCCAAAUUCCAAUUCACCCUUCUCUCUCUCCCCUUAACCUACAUCGCCGUCGACGAAACCUUCUUUUCCCCUCUCUCUCUCCUUGGCUUCAUUUCUGAACACAAACCGAUUACUUUCAUAUUCAGAAAUUAGGGUUUAUUAUUAUCUUCUCUUUCUUCAUCCUCUUCCAAAUCUAGGGUUUACUUUCUUCUGCAGCUAAGUGAGGUUUUUUUACUGCAAUGGGAGUACCGGCGUUUUAUCGAUGGUUGGCGGAGAAGUAUCCGCUAAUAGUGGUUGAUGUUAUUGAGGAAGAAGCAGUUGAAAUUGAUGGGAUUAAAAUUCCAGUUGACACCAGUAAACCUAAUCCUAAUCUCGAGUAUGAUAACCUUUAUCUUGAUAUGAAUGGGAUUAUUCAUCCUUGCUUUCAUCCUGAAGACCGGCCUUCUCCAGCUACAUUUGAUGAGGUAUUUCAGAAUGUAUUUGACUACAUCGAUAGGCUUUUUAAUAUGGUUCGUCCUAGAAAGCUGCUAUACAUGGCAAUUGAUGGUGUUGCUCCUAGAGCCAAGAUGAACCAGCAGCGUUCUAGGCGUUUCAGAGCUGCUAAAGAUGCAGCAGAUGCUGCAUCUGAAGAAGAACGAUUACGGCAGGAAUUUGAACAAGAGGGAAGAAAGCUUCCUCCUAAGGAGGAGUCACAAACUUUUGAUUCCAAUAUUAUUACUCCUGGAACAGAAUUUAUGGCUGUAUUGUCAAUUGCAUUACAAUAUUAUGUUCACCUGAGAAUAAAUAGCGACCCAGGGUGGAAAUCCGUUAAGGUUAUAUUAUCUGAUGCAAAUGUUCCUGGGGAAGGGGAGCACAAAAUUAUGUCAUACAUACGUCUUCAAAGGAAUCUUCCUGGUUAUGAUCCAAAUACACGCCAUUGUCUUUAUGGAUUGGAUGCGGAUUUAAUCAUGUUGGCACUAGCUACCCAUGAAGUUCAUUUUUCAAUCCUCAGAGAGGUUGUAUUUGUUGCUGGACAGCAAGAUAAGUGCUUCAUAUGUGGUCAAGUUGGCCACUUAGCAGCAACUUGUGAAGGCAAGGCAAAGAGGAAGGCUGGUGAAUUUGAUGAGAAAGGUGGUGAUGCUGCUGUGGCCAAAAAACCUUUCCAGUUCCUGAACGUGUGGACCCUCAGGGAAUACCUGGAACAUGAGUUGAGGAUUCCCAACCCUCCUUUUAAGACUGAUUUUGAGCGUAUUGUAGAUGAUUUCAUCUUCAUCUGCUUUUUUGUCGGCAAUGACUUUCUACCCCACAUGCCCACCUUGGAAAUUCGUGAGGGAGCAAUUAACCUGCUGAUAGCCGUGUAUAAAAAGGAGUUUUGUGCAAUAGGCGGGUAUUUGACCGAUGGAAGCAAGCCUGACCUAAGCAAGGUUGAGCAAUUUAUUCAAGCUGUUGGAUCAUAUGAAGAUCAGAUCUUUCAGAAAAGGGGUCGAUUACACCAGCGGCAAGCAGAUAGGAUAAGACGAGAAAAAGGGCAGGCUAAAAGAGGAGAUGAUGCGCAACCUAAGUUCGAGCCUGAGUCCUUAGUUUCUGUUUCUCGAUUUCAUGGUUCUCGCCUGGCAUCUGCCCCAUCUCCUUCACCCUUUCAGAAGGAUCCUAGUGGGAGUUCAGGAAGCGGACUGUCUAAGCCUCAUAAAGUGGCACGUUUACCUUCGUCUGCGACAAUUGGCGCUGCUAUUGUUCAGGUUGAAAAUAGUCUUGAAGAGGAAGCUCAUGAGAAUAAAGAGGAGUUGAAAGCAAAGCUCAAAGUGUCCAUCCGUGAGAAGUCAGAUGCUUUUAACUCAGAGGAUCGAGAAGAAGACAAGAUCAAAUUAGGAGAGCCUGGGUGGAAGGAGAGAUAUUAUGAAGAGAAGUUCUCUGCAAAAUCUUUGGAGGAAAUGGAGAGCAUUCGGAAGGAUGUUGUCUUGAAGUACACAGAAGGCUUGUGCUGGGUUAUGCAUUACUAUUACGAAGGUGUCUGCUCAUGGCAGUGGUUCUAUCCAUAUCAUUAUGCCCCUUUUGCUUCUGAUAUCAAUAAUAUCGCACACUUAGAUAUCAAUUUUGAGCUAGGCUCUCCUUUCAAACCAUUUGAUCAGCUUAUGGGAGUCUUUCCAGCUGCAAGUUCUCAUGCACUUCCAGAGCAUUACAGGAAAUUGAUGUAUGAUCCUGCUUCCCCCAUUAUUGAUUUUUACCCGAUAGAUUUUGAAGUGGACAUGAAUGGGAAGCGCUUCGCUUGGCAGGGCAUCGCAAAAUUGCCAUUUAUUGACGAAGGUCGCCUUCUUUCAGAAAUUAGAAAAGUUGAACAUACAUUAACGGCAGAAGAAAAGAGAAGGAACAGUAUAUUGUCUGACAUGCUGUUUGUCGCAGUAUCUCAUCCUUUGUCCCCUUACAUCUUUUCUCUUGAUGACCGUUGCAAGCAAAUGAAUGAGGAGCAACGAGCACUAGUUAAAGAAAAACUUGAUCCUAAGGCCAGGUCUGCUUGCAGUGGGGGGAUGAAUGGUUACAUUAGCCUUUGUGCUGGAGACCCUUGUCCUCCUAUUUUCAGGUCCCCGGUUGGUGGUUUGGAAGAUAUUGUAGACAAUCAAGUCAUAUGUGCAAUAUUCAAACUCCCAGACUACCACAAGCACAUAUCCCGGCCACCUCCAGGGGUGAAAUUCCCAGAAAAGAUUGUUUCAAUGGGAGAUUUGAAACAACCUGUGUUAUGGCAUGAGGAUAAUGGAAGGAGGAAUAUGGAUAAUGGACGGAGGCAUAUGGACAACGGACGGAGGCAUAUGGAUAACGGACAAAGGCAUAUGGGUAACGGAAGGCAUUAUGAAAGUAGUGGAAGGCCAAAUCUCACUAAAGGCAUAUCUGGUCACCAGCUUGGAGAGGCAGCACAUCGGCUGGUUAUUAAUAGCCUACCAAUGAGGGCAGAUCAGAAUAGACAAUUUGGUCAUGAUUACAAUGGGGUGAUGCCACCGCUUAGAGCUCUUUACUUGGGCGGUGGACACCAACAACCUCCUGCCAUGGCACAAAUGCAUCAUAGUCAGCCAUACAGUUCACCCGCUUCCCACCAUCAGUAUGGUAGGCCCAAUUCUCAUAAUCAAAGAGGUACUCUCUCAGAUCCUGCUCAGGGAUACUAUCCCACUGGGCCUCAUCAUAAUGGGGCACAGUACCCUCCUGCUGGGCCUGUAGCCCCUGUUGUACCUGGAGCAUACCAUCAUCAGGUUGGUUAUAAUGGCCACCAGAGGGGCCAAAGUUAUGGAGUUGGUGGAUAUAAUCAGUGGGGCGGACGCCCGCAGUCCCACAAUGCUGCUAGAGGAGGACGUGGUAAUAGGUCCCAACAAAGGGGGAAUCAAUUCUCGACGCUUAAUAGAGGUUCAAAUCGUGAGCCACCAUAUAGUCGUGGCCGGUAGUAUAAUUGCUAGAGCUUGAGCUUAACAUGGCUCAGAAUUUCAGAUAGAUGAGCUGUAACAUAUAUGCAGUGUCAGAUGGUAGAAUUCUGUAGCAUUCUUUUAGUUUCGUAUUACUGUAUUUUUUAGAAGGUUUAAUAUAAGGCCUGUUCUUUCAUCAAAGUUGUAUUUGUUUAUUGUUGUACGAUAUCAUAACCACAUGUUGACAAUGAUAUAGCAGAAGUAUUUGUUUUCAA